GUGUGAGUGUAUAUAAGUUAGGGAUUACGUGACACAAUGCAUAUUCUGGGUUUUGUGAAGGAGUGCGUGUGUGUGUGUUUGUUGACCCCACCGCCAUGAUUAAGUGGAGUGUUCUUCUGCUGUUAGUGCUUGUCCCAGGUGGUCAGUGCCUGUGCACUACGGACCACUGCAGUAAAGACUGUACCGAUUGCUUAUCUGGGGAGCUGAUAGCGGACCCAGAGGACUGCCACCGCUACUACGUGUGUGAUGGCAGCGGGGGCCUGGCGUUUGAUGACCCUCUGUACUGCGAACACGGUUACGUCUUCAAUAUAAACACCCGCCAAUGUGAAGCCGAUGCCAAAUGCGAGUCGUGCCAGCCUAAGUGCCACUAUGAAUGCGUUUCCUCUCCUAAUGAGAAGAUCUCCUACUUCUAUGGCUGCGACUCUUACUAUGAAUGCACCUCAGGCGUACCAGGCCCGGUCAAGUCCUGCCCAGCCUACAGCCCGUACUUCGAUGGCGUGGAGUGCCAGAGUGACGAGCGACGGUGCUGCCACUGCCACCCUUACUGCUACACUGGAGACGAGGGCAAGAAAGUGCCAGACCCUAGAGAUUGCCGGAACUUCUACGCGUGUGUGGCUGCGGGCAUUCCUAGCGGCCAGGGCCACUGUAACCCUGGGGAGUACUUUGAGAACGGGGACUGUUCAUCACACGCCAGCUGCAAGACAAUGUGCAAGAAUGUGGUUGGCUUCGACGGCUGCAUCGAGCCAUACACCUGCGUGGCCACUGGAUACUUCCCCAAGUGUCCCAGCCAGUGUGUCCCGCAGUACUAUUACUGCUCCCAGAUCUCUGACACAUACGUGGAGGCCGAGGAGUGCCCUGACGGAUUUGUCUUCCACCCUGAUACGCAUGUGUGUGUCAGGAGAGACGACUGCCCCUAUUGAAAUGCCUUGAAAUGAUCCUAGUUAUCCCAAAAUGUAUACCACUGAAUAUACUCUACAGGAACACCCUAAAAUAUUCCUUUUACCUAUUAAAAUGCCCUGAAAUGAUCCAAAUGUCGCUUUUCCUGAACCAAUUACCCUAAAAUGGAAGUCUUAUACCCUACAGACCCUAAAAUGUUCCCUCUACCUAUUAAAACACCCUGAAAUGAUUCCACAGUGUCUUUUUCCCUAAAGCAGAUGUCACUUACCCUAUAAAUUGUAUAUACCACGGAAUAAAAGUCUUGUACCCUGAAGAAAUA